AUGGACAGCAAGUCAGAGAGCUGGCUACCAUCAGCCCAGGUGAACGUGACGCGAAUCGUACCCGUCAAUCCAGCUCCAAGUGAAGUGAAUCCUUUGCCUCCGGCGAAGAAUGUUACUGCGGAGGUGACGCCAAACUCAACCUGUUGGUGGUAUAACCAUUCUUCCAAGGAUGUGCAGAUUGCAACCGGUCCUCUUCACCAAGCAGUGGAAUCCCUUGUCCCUGCUCUUCUCAUUGGAGACGGAACAAUGCUUUGCAAUGCCAGCACCGGUGACGGUGGAGGUUUGCAGCCUUGGUCGGGCAUGGGGACUACACCAGGCACUCCAGCGUACAACACUUCCAAGAAUAUGAUUUCUGGUCUCGACCUGAUGGUUCCUACGAACAAGUCAGACCGGUCCAUGCUGCGUCUUCAAGGGAAAUCGCUCUGGGGGACCAUGGCGUCGGCUGGUGCAACAGUGAAGCAAGGCACUUUGACGCCAACAUUUGCCGUCGUGCCAAGCCUCUUAGAAGCUUCAGCAUUGCCAGAGGCAGUGAUCUUGGUCGGGUACGGCUUCCUUGGAAAAAUUUGGCUGUGUCGGUGGUCACCAGCCAACUCUGGGGUCGUGCCUGUUGCCUACAUGGGCCGGGUCGUCAACGACACUGCUUUGAGCUGCCCAGUGGCGCUGGAGAUCCAUGGAGAGACCAUUGUGUCUCUGACCAGGUGGGAGUUGCAGGCAACUGUGGAGUCUCCGCUCACAAUGACAGUUCCCAUGGUGGUUGAAAUCGUGCCCGAGCUUCCUGUGCUUUAUCACUCUGACUGGCCUCCUGCAGAGUCAGGUGAUUGCUUGGAGCAGAUCGACACUUAUCAAUUUCGUUUUGGCCCCUGCUUCGGACUACCAGUCACCUGUGCCAUGAGCAAAUGUCGACUGCUGCCUUUGAUGGGCUCUGACAACCAGAGCAUCUCUGAAGGACGCAGCAAAGCCUUGCGAGAUGACUUGCAGGAUGUUUCCUGGACAGCUGCAGAGGUUCUGAGCGAUACCUUGCAUGGAGACGUUCUUUGCGAUGUGGACAAUUCCAUUCGUCGAGCACCACAGUCAAUGUCUGGGAAUGCAACACGGCCAUAUUUGGUGGUCGCUAUCUGUGGGGACAGUCAAGGCCAACGGCCUCCUCCGCGAACGGCUUCCAAGCUCUUGUGGACAUCUCCCUGGGAACCCCAAGCUUCACAGGAGACCCCAGACACCGUAUCCAUAAGGAUGGCGUCCACGGAGGAGGUCAGAGCGCUGAAAGUUGUUCAGGACGGGGAGAUGCCAGAGGUUUGGUUGGAAGACCCAACAGUGGUGAAGGGUGGCAAUCACUACGGGAGCCUCACCUUCCACAUGACCGUUCGGGUGCAAAACGCAUCUACCAGUAGCAAUCAGGUUGGUGCUGCCUUGACCCCCCUGGUGCGCCAGCCCGCUGUCUGCCGCCUUACAAGUCUGAGACUUGGGCAGGAGAAACUUUGUAGAGGCAAGAAUGACCCACAAGGAACCAUGGAAAGAUCAGAAAGCUUGAUUUCCGUUGAUUUUGGACUGACAGACUCCCUACCAGGCAGCUGUUUACACGGUGUGAGCUACGUGUUCUAG